GUCCCCGAGAGGUGUCGUUGGGCACCGGCUGGAAAAGAGCGCCCUUUACGAUCUACCGCCCAGCUGCUGAGGCAGUGUCACCAUAACAAUCCUGCACAGCGCCGUAUGCAGAGCUCAGGGACGGUGCCUGAUGUCGUUCCCGCCUGUGGACAACUUGCUCACUUCCUGGAGGUAAUGCAGACAGGAGCUGGGAGCGCACAGUUUCAAAUCUGAUGGCUGUCGUCUAAGUAUCACGUCAGCCGGCGAUCCCAGGCUGGCAGAUCUCUCUCCACAUUGUCUAUGUCUUGCUGUGUUGCAGGCCAUGAAGACUGACUAGAGACCUCCUAUAAGGAUAUGUCUACCGAUGUUUUCAGAAUAUUUGGAGGUCCUCAUUAGAUACUAAGCAUGAGUGUGGUGUCUGCAGAGGUGAACAGUGCUCUACCGGAUGAGAUCAUGGAGACGGGCAUGUCCGCAGUGGACGAAGACAGCAUUGAAGCCAUCACCGUCACCUCUCCCAUGGCCGAGGAAGUGCCCAUGGAAACCGACCUGGAAGAAAUAGUGGAAGUGAGCAGCAGUGGAGAAUGCAUUGCUACGUCCUUGGUUAAGGAAGCCGUUACCAGCUCGAGUAAUCAUGGAGGUCACCUGACGGCGGUGGUAAGCGUGGCGUCGAAGCCCAGUCCUGGACCAUCGGCCACCGCCAUGAAGACUGUCCUGCAGAGCGGCAUACACAAGUUGGGGACCCCUCUGUCUGGGCAAGUGAUCCUUAACAAGGCGUCUGAGCUGACGGCCGGCAGUCGGAUGAUAACGCAGGAGAAGGUGUAUUUGACGACUCUGGGGAAAGGAAGCAAUCCGAUUGUCUUCAUUCCACAGAACGCUGUGUCGGCCACGCAAAAAGGAGCACAAGGCCAGCUGGUGGAUUCAAAAGGGACGCCGCAGCAGAUCAAGCUGGUCACUAUAGGAGGUCAAGGUGGCAUAUCCUCACAGCUGCUCAGUACUGCUGCCAAGUCUUCCCUUCAGGGCCAGCAGAUCCAGAAUGUGCAGAUUGCCAAGAAAGUUCCUUUGUCAACAUCAUCUGGUGCAGUUAUCACCAAGCUGAUCAUUGCAAAACCAUCCAACAGCAAACCCAUUGGUUCUGGACAGACUACUCAAUCAACUUCAGUAUUUACAGGCAGGGUGCUUACUCAUUGUAAUUCUGGAGGUGCAACCAAAGCCAUCACAAUUACUGAAAGCGGAGGAGUCGUUGGGACAUCUAUGGAGUCUUCCACUCCGACAUCCAACAAAAUUGCCAUAUCACCUCUAAAAUCUCCUCCUACAAAGGUAACAGUGGUGUCUGUCGGCUCGCAGCACGCUAAUUCUCCUCAGAAAACAGUUGGAGUUCCUAUAAGUGUAGCUCUUGGCCAGCAGCUUUUGACUGUACAGUCGUCAAGUUCCUCUUCGCCUGUCAAGACUGUCACUAAUAGCACAACAGCUCAGAACAUGAAACAAACAGUACAGACUAUAGCGGUCAGUGGGGUCAGCGCCCCUCAGUUUAAGACAAUUAUACCACUUGCAGCCGCCCCUAACGUACAACAAAUUCAGGUCCCUGGGAGCAAGUUUCAUUAUGUCCGCCUUGUGACCACCUCUACUGCAAACAGCUCGACGCCCUCCACACACAGCACCAGCACGCAGCCUCUCCAGCAAGCUAAACCAAUGGUGGUGAAUGCAACUCCUGUACGGAUGUCUGUUCCCAUUGUUCCAGCACAGGCUGUAAAACAGGUAGCGCCAAAGCCAGUAAAUGCACCUAUAGUGACUACAAGCCAACCACAGCAGCGACUGCUUAUGCCUGCCACACCUCUCGCACAGAUUCAACCAAACCUCACAAAUCUUCCAGUCCUGACCCCUGCUCCAGGCACAGGAAAUGUGGGUUAUGCCGUCCUCCCUGCUCAGUAUGUUACCCAGUUGCAGCAGUCGUCUUACGUAUCCAUUGCAAGCAAUGCAGGAAUGUCUGGAACCCAAGGUUCACAGAAUCAGACGAGGCUACCACUGAAUGGCAUAAUGUCUUCCGACGCAGCAAGUCGUCCAAGAAAGCCAUGCAACUGCACAAAGUCGUUAUGCUUGAAAUUAUAUUGUGACUGUUUUGCCAACGGAGAGUUUUGCAACAACUGCAAUUGCACAAACUGUUACAACAACCUGGAGCAUGAGAAUGAGCGGCAAAAAGCUAUCAAGGCGUGUUUAGACAGAAAUCCAGAAGCGUUUAAACCAAAAAUUGGCAAAGGAAAGGAAGGGGAAUCUGACCGACGACAUAGCAAAGGCUGCAAUUGCAAACGGUCGGGAUGCUUAAAGAACUACUGUGAAUGCUACGAGGCUAAAAUUAUGUGCUCCUCAAUAUGCAAGUGCAUAGGUUGCAAAAAUUUUGAGGAGAGCCCAGAGCGCAAGACUCUAAUGCACCUAGCUGAUGCCGCAGAAGUGAGGGUGCAACAGCAAACCGCAGCCAAAACGAAAUUGUCUUCUCAGAUCUCUGACUUGCUCACAAGACCAGCGCCAUCACUUACAAGUGGAGGAGGAAAGUUACCGUUCACAUUUGUCACAAAGGAAGUUGCUGAGGCUACAUGUGCAUGUUUAUUGGCCCAGGCUGAAGAAGGAGAAAAAUUCUCAUAUUCCAAAUCUGCCACAGAGCGGAUGAUCUUAGAGGAGUUUGGCCGCUGCUUGAUGAGGGUAAUCAACUCUGCAGGAAAAGCAAAAAGUGACCCUUGUUCUAUGAGCUGUUGAACAUAAGGCCUGGGGACUAGCACGAGUGACUGACCAGUUACUGUGGCUACGAAAUGGAGAGCGCGGAGCGUACACAGACGAGUCCUAAUGCCCAGGCAGUGACCGGCUAAAUGUAAUAUAGCAACAUAAAAAUCGAUUUUAUGAGAAGCAGUACUUUUUAAGUCUUGAAGUUGAUUUUUUCCUCUCUUCGAACCCUGUACAGAUGACGACGCCCCACUGGUGAAUCCAGAAUCGUUUCUCAUUUUCCUUGUCGUGUUCCUAAUUUGAUUAAUUAUUUUUAAGGUUUUCAGUCACCAUCUUCUAAUAGACAACCUUUAUUUUUUUCAGUCUGAAAUGGUAAGUUCAAAAAUGCUGUGCUCUCGGAAACGCUUCGACAACAUAUUAAUGGACUUACCAAAAUUACCAAAAUGUUUUUUACCAAAAUUUGAUAAAAGGUGCAGUAAGAAAUGCCACCUUGCCAUGGGUGGCAAGAUUACAGUGCGGUUGGUAGACAUUGCUGAGUGUUUCCAUGUUGUCAAUGCCAUGGCAGAAGCACAAGACCAGAAUAUGGUUCAUAUGUUCCUGUUCAGCAGCUAACACGUUUGGAAGAACAUAUGGACGACUUUUGUGUUAAAUCUGGUAACUGCUAUCAACUUUUUUUUUUGUAAGGAUUAUAUUAAUUUGGAUACUGCUGUAUUUUUUGGGGGUUAUAUCAAGUCUGAGGGCAAUGAAGAGCUCUCUAGGAUCCUACUUCCUGCAUAUACAGAUGUUAGUCCGCCUCCUGCCAGGAUAUGAUCAGUAGCAAAUAGAAUAUUUUAUAUUAUUUUGGUAUCCAAGUUCAUACUACAGUCUGAAUGAUAAAGUGGUGCCCAAUUGCAGAGUGAGGUAGAAUUUUUCUAUAAUUAAUGGAGGACCUAAUGAGAUUGAAGAGGUUGCAACAUCACCAAUAAUGCUAUCUUUAUUUAAGUGGAAAUGCUCUAAGGCUUCAUGCACACGACCGUAUCUGCUUUGUGGUCCACACAUUGCUGAUCCGCAAAAUACAGCUACACUGCAGACCCAUUGAGUUUAGUAGGUCUGUGGUCCACAUUUUACGGCCAAGCAUAGGACAUGUUCUAUCCUUUUGCAGAACAGACAUAAAGGAUGGAGAAAGUGCACAGAUGACCGCAAAAUGCACACCAUGGACCUAUUGGGGGAGGGAGAUUUAUCAAACUGGUGUAA